CUGGAUGGGACGGGGACGGACCUUGAUCUCCACGACGACCGCAUGUCCUGCCUGUCAGCCAUGUCGGCCGACUACCUGAGCAUGGACAGCCGACUGGCCAGCGACUAUGAUGACACGGCGGACGAGGGCGGGGCUUAUACGGAUAACGAGCUGGACAAUGAACCGACCGACCAACUACCGGUGUCGGCUAUAAGCCGCUCCUCUGAGCCCGUGCUGGCAGAGGAGGUUAGAGGCACACCGCGACACACACACACACACACACACACACACACACACACACACACACACAGAUGCAACCCACUUCAGAGAAGAUUGUGAUGUCCUAACUUCACAGCCGCUAGUCUAUUGAGAGCUGUAAGAAUCUUGUCUGCCCUCUACAGUUGAAACACAUCAUUACACCAAUGAAAUCUGUCUCCAGUCCAGUCAAUGCCUAAGUGACCAGAAUCAAUACCAUCUGGUUAACAUUUAUUUGGGUUGUUUCAGGAACCCAAUGUGUCCAAUUUAAUUUAGCAAAACAUCCGUUUUUUAAAUAGAGGCUAUUCAGCACUAUGAUAAUAGUGGACCCAAAGGCCUGUGGCCAGUUUCUCUCUAGUACAGUACUCUAGUAGUUAGAAAAAGACUGGAAACACUGGCAGGAUGACUUUAACAUUUCAUAAGGGAACUGUAUCAUUAGCUGUGCAAGAAUCUUCAAAUCUUUGUGUGUGUGUGUGUCUGGCUGUGUGUCUGGCUGUGUGUGUGUGUGUGUGUGUGUGUGUCAUAGGGGUAGGAGUAUAUAACAGUUUUACAUACUAACAUGGCAUGGUGUGACCUUUGACCCAGCCUGUAAAUCUACGUGGUACUUGCUGUUGACCUUGCCCUGUGUGUCUGUGUGUGUGUGUGUGUGGUCAGAUCCUGCGCAGGUGCAGUGCAAAGAUCCGUGGUGGCGUCAGGAGGGUGGGCAGCAGGGAGAUGCUCAGCAGUGCCAGCCCAGCACACGUGUUUGUACCUGACCCCCCCAAGGUGAGACACCCACACACGCUUGACUCUGUGCUGAACUCCAUCAUCAAUUAUUUGUGGAACUAUCAUUACAUAUUUCAUGCCUCUCUCUCCACUCAUGUGUCCCAUGUCAUUGGUCAGUCAGUCAGGCUAGUCUGUGUUUAGCCCCAUGUCAUUGGUCAGUCAGUCAGGCUAGUCUGUGUUUAGCCCCAUGUCAUUGGUCAGUCAGGCUAGUGUGUGUUUAGCCCCAUGUCAUUGGUCAGUCAGGGCUAGUGUGAGUUUAGCCCCAUGUCAUUGGUCAGUCAGGCUAGUCUGUGUUUAGCCCCAUGUCAUUGGUCAGUCAGGCUAGUCUGUGUUUAGCCCCAUGUCAUUGGUCAGUCAGGCUAGUGUGAGUUUAGCCCCAUGUCAUUGGUCAGUCAGGCUAGUGUGAGUUUAGCCCCAUGUCAUUGGUCAGUCAGGCUAGUCUGUGUGUUUAGCCCCAUGUCAUUGGUCAGUCAGGCUAGUCUGUGUUUAGCCCCAUGUCAUUGGUCAGUCAGGCUAGUCUGUGUUUAGCCCCAUGUCAUUGGUCAGUAAGGCUAGUGUGUGUUUAGCCCCAGUCGGGUGUGUGAGUUUAGCCCCCGUUUGGUCAGUCGGCUAGUGUGAGUUUAGCCCCCUGUCAUUGGGGCGUCAGGUAGUCUGUGUUUAGCCCAGUCAUGGGCGUCAGGGAGUCUGGUUUAGCCCCAUGUCAUUGGUCAGUCGGCUGUCGGUUUUUGCCCCAGAUUGGUCAGCAGGCUGUGUGUGUUUAGCCCCUGUCAUUGGUCAGUAGGCAGUCGUUUAGCCCCAUGUCAUUUGGGCAGUCGGUAGCUGUUUUAGCCCCCGUCAGGUCAGUCAGGUAGUUGAGUUUAGCCCCCUGUAUUGGUCAGUGGCAGUGGAGUUUGCCCAUGUCAGGGUCAGAGGUAGUCUGUGUUUAGCCCCAUGAUUUGGGCGCAGGUGUUGUGUUUUGCCCCCUGUCAGGCGUGGCUAGUCUGGUUUAGCCCCAUGUCAUUUGGGCCCGUCGGCUAGUGUGAGUUUAGCCCCUGUCAUUUGGGCAGUGGCUAGCUGUGUUUAGCCCCAUGUCAUUGGUCAGUCAGGCUAGUCUGUGUUUAGCCCCAUGUCAUUGGUCAGUCAGGCUAGUGUGAGUUUAGCCCCAUGUCAUUGGUCAGUCAGGCUAGUGUGAGUUUAGCCCCAUUGCUCUUAUAGUCACUUACUGACAACACCCCUUAGCUCUCACACUCCCCUUCCCUCUGAAGAAUGAUCUGAUCUGGAGAAAUCACGCCCGCCGUGGCUCGGCUUCCUCCAACGGCAGCUUCAACGCUGGUACCUACUUAGCCUAAAGUGACUCCCAGAACUCUCUGUGGUGCUUGAAGUCUACAUGCUACAGGACCAUGGUGCUUGUCUAGGGAGCUGUGAGGGAGAACGGCACCUCCUUACCUUCCGGCUCUGAUCAGACCCUACACCCAAACGAGGCACUACGUUCAUCCACCUCUGGCCUGCUAGCCUCCCUACCUCUACGGAAGCACAGUUCCCGUUCAGCCCAGUCAAAGUUAUUCGCUGCUCUGGCACCCAAAUGGUGGAACAAGCUCCCCCACGACGCCAGGACAACGGAGUCACUGACCACCUUCCGGAGACACUUGAAACCCUACCUCUUUAAGGAAUACCUGGAAUAGUCUAACAGUAAUCCUUCUACACCCCCCCCCUCCCCCAGUGGUGGUUGUCCCACUGGCUAUCCUAAGUUGAAUGCACCAAUUUGUAAAGUUCUUGGUGCGUAUGACAAUCCCUCAGACUGAAAGCGUGAAACCUCACAGUCAGUGGUUUGAACUUUUGUGUCUGUUGAACAGAUCUUCUAGAUUACUGUACCUGUGUUCUGAACUGUUGUAGAGAAAUAGAUGUCCAUUGUUUGGUCGGUGUGAUCUUUGUCAAAAUGUGGCAUUGUUAGGGAGAGUCUGCUAGGGAGAGGACAACCUGAGGCUUCUCCUCUGUUGUAAAUGGACAGUGAGGUAGUGAGGGUGGAAAGCCUAAAGGAAGGAUCAUUUAUUCAAGCGUCACUUAAAUGUUUCUAGUCAGAAAUCUCCUAUUCACCUACACAAAGGUUUGAGUUGCGUAUAUGUGACUGACCCUGUCUGGUCCCCAUAGAAAUAUAAUGAUUUCAUUGACUGAAUCAAAUCACACCCUGUCUGGUCUCCAUAGAAAUAGAAUGAUGUCAUUGACUGAAUCAAAUCACACCCUGUCUGGUCCCCAUAGAAAUAGAAUGAUUUCAUUGACUGAAUCAAAUCAAAAUGAUUUGAUUCAUUCUAAUUCUAUGCUGGUCCCCCUCCCCUCUCCCCACCUCUCCCUUCCUUUCCCCUCCAGGUGAAGUUGGUGUUCAGGGAAGAGAUAGUCCCUCCCUGGGGGGUGAUAGGGGCGUACGACCCCCCCCCCAGCCGAGGCUACGACUCCCACUCCUCCAGCCCUGCCAGCAGCGACCCCCCUCCUCUCCCUCGCACCCUCAACUCCUUCGGCAAGGCCAAGCCCCUGGCACUGCAGCCCCCCAUCGCCCUCAAACCCUCCUAUAAUACCCAGGACACCGCCAGCAGCACAGCCCCAGUCACGGUGGCCCCUACGGGCCCGGAGGAGCCAGAGGACCCCAGCCUCAAGUCAUUCCUGGGGAAGGUCAAGGCCUUUGAGAAGAUGGACCACUUUGCACGUGCUCAGAGGAUGCUGGAGCUGCAGGAGGCACAGAACGCCAGGGUGAGGGAGGGGAAGGGGUGAGGGGGUUGGUGGGUGGGUGUGGCUCGUGUGUUUGUGUGUGUGUGUGUGUGUGUGUGUGUCUGUCUGUGUGUGUGUGUGUGUGUGUGUGUGUGUGUGUAUGUGUGUGUGUGUCUGCUAGUCUAUGUGUUGCCAUCACAGCAUCAGAUUUCAUAUCUCUCUGUCUCCUCCCUCCAGUUGGAGAUAGCUCAUAAGCACCCAGACAUCUAUGCUGUCCCCCUGAAGACCCAGAAACUGGAUCACAGCCGGCCUCAGCCUAUAGGGUAGGAGCACAACAUGGGAGUGUGUUGUGAUGGGUUCGGCUGUCUACGUACUGUUGUUACUCUAUAUUCAUCCACGUGUGUGGAGUUUUACUGAAUUCUAUUGUGAGUGUGUUUGGAAGUUUAACACCCUCAGCUGUAUGUUAACCUGUCCUGUGUGUGUGUCUGGUUGUGUGGUGUGGUGUUGUGCGUGUGUCUGUCGGGUGUGGUGGUCUGUUGGUGGUCUGUGUGUGUCUGUGGGGUCUGUCUGUGUGUGUGUGUGGUUUGUGUCCUGUGUGUCCUGUGUGUGUGUCUGUCUGUCUGUGAUGUUGGUGUGGUGUGUGUGUGUGUGUGUGUGUGUGUUGUUCUGUGUGUCUUGUGUCUUGUUUUCUGUGUGUCUGUGUGUCCUGGUUGUUUCUGUUGUUUCGUGUGUGUGUGUGUGUGGUGUGUGUGGCUGUGGUGUCCUGUGUGUCCUGUUGUGGUCUGUGUGUUGUGGUGGGGGUGUGUGUGUCUGUGUCCUGUGUUGUGUGUAGUGUGUGUGUUGUGUGGUGUGUGUGGUGUUUGUGUGUGUUGUGUUGUGUGUCUGUGAUGUCUUGUGUUUUGUGUCUGUGUUCUGUGUCUGUGGUGGCUGUGUGUGUGUGUGUGCGUGUGUCUGUCUGUGUGUGUCUGUGUGUCUGUGUGUGUCUGUGUGUCUGUCUGUGUGUGUGUGUUUGUGUCUGUGUGUCUGUCUGUGUGUGUGUCUGUCUGUGUGUGUGUGUGUGUGUGUGUGUGUGUGUGUGUGUGUCUGUGUGUGUGUGUGUGUCUGUCUGUGUGUGUGUCUGUCUGUGUGUCUGUGUGUCUGUGUGUCUGUGUGUGUGUGUGUGUGUCUGUGUGUGUCUGUGUCUGUGUGUGUGUGUGUGUGUGUGUGUGUCUGUGUGUCUGUGUCUGUGUCUGUGUCUGUGUGUCUGUGUGUUUGUGUGUGUGUGUGUGUGUGUGUCUGUGUCUGUGUCUGUGUCUGUGUGUCUGUGUGUGUGGGUUCAGUUCCAGCUCGCAUCCUGAGCCCCAGACCCCUCCCUCCAAGCUGCCGUACUCUGAGAGUCGUGGGUUCUACCUCAGCGAAGAGGAAGAGGAGUACCGACGCCAGCUGACCGAACACACCACGAGAGGCUACUACCAGGUCAACAACCAGAAAUACCAGGACACAGAACUGUAG